CCCACUAUUUUCCACUGAGCGACAAGGCUGCACAUUGUGCUCAAACCGGCCAGCCAGCCAAGGUUACACAGCCGUUUUCUCUCCCCGCCUCGAAAAGGUGACAAAUGGAGACCUUCAAUCAUAAACUGAACACUUACUUAGAGUCAUGGAUGGGUCCGAGAGAUCAGCGUGUGCGGGGAUGGCUACUGCUCGACAACUACCCACCAACCUUUGCACUCACAGUCAUGUACCUUGUGAUCGUGUGGAUGGGGCCCAAGUACAUGAAACACAGGCAGCCAUACUCCUGCAGAGGCCUCCUGGUGCUCUACAAUCUGGGCCUCACACUCUUGUCCUUCUACAUGUUCUAUGAGCUUGUUACCGCUGUGUGGCAUGGUGGCUACAACUUCUACUGCCAGGACAUUCACAGUGCACAGGAAGUGGAUAAUAAGAUCAUAAAUGUCCUGUGGUGGUACUACUUCUCCAAGCUCAUCGAGUUCAUGGACACCUUUUUCUUCAUACUACGAAAGAAUAAUCACCAGAUCACCUUCCUUCACAUCUAUCACCAUGCUAGUAUGCUGAACAUCUGGUGGUUUGUUAUGAACUGGGUACCCUGCGGCCAUUCGUACUUCGGUGCCUCCCUAAACAGCUUCGUCCACGUCGUGAUGUAUUCUUAUUACGGCCUCUCGGCCAUCCCAGCCAUGCGGCCGUACCUUUGGUGGAAGAAGUACAUCACACAGUUACAGCUGACCCAGUUCUUUUUAACCAUGUCCCAGACUUUGUGCGCAGUCGUUUGGCCAUGUGGCUUCCCCAUGGGAUGGCUGUACUUCCAAAUAAGCUACAUGGUCACGCUUAUUUUCCUUUUCUCAAACUUCUACGUUCAGACUUACAAGAAGCACAGUGUGUCUCUAAAGAAGGAGCACCAGAACGGCUCUCCUGUAUCAACAAAUGGACAUGCAAAUGGGACGCCAUCUUUGGAGCACGCUGCACACAAGAAACUGAGGGUGGAUUGACAUUUGAGAAACCGUGCACACAAUUCUCACUGUAGCGCGUUAGCUAAUGCUGCUAGGAGGUAUAUGUAUCUUAUCUAGAAUAGUCUUGCACUUGAGAUGAAAAAUAAGCCAUAGCCUCAUACAUCCAGAGACUUUCCAUGUUUUUACACACGUUCCUACUCAUAGGUAUUGAAUUAUUCAAUUAAUAUAGUUAAAGGAGAAGAUUAUUGUAGUAUGGUUGACACUGCACAAUAUUGCCUCCCCUAACCUCUAGGGGAAAUUCACUCCGAAGUAAAAAUAAAAAAAUCUCUUUCUUGCUACCAGCAAACAAACAAACAAACAAACAAACAAACAAACAAACAAACAAACACACAUUCUGACUCAUUCAAUGAUGCUUUACGCACAGAAGGUCCAAAGAUGAGCUCCAGUGAGUGUGUUGGCAGCUGAAGGUUUCAUCACACUCGAUGACAUCUCAACAUCAUGUCUCAGCAACACAUGGGACAAAUAAAAUAACACAGCAGCUUACUAUGAUCCUUAAUGUGUAACUAGAGCAUGCAUCUUGUGUCUUGCUUUAUCUCACUCCUGCCUGGGCUGUUGCAUAAUCCUAAAUGUCGCCCUGUAUGAUGCUGUGAUGCGUUUUUAUGGACAGGUUGUGUAUUUGCAGAGCAGGAUCUUCAAUUUGGAAUAUUAAGCCAUCUAAACCAAAGUAUAACCAAAGCAUAGACUACAGCAUAUGCUAGGAUUUAUAUUUAAAGCAGUUAAAGACUCGGUGUUAGCGGGCAGUUGUUGUGUUUUAUGAACACAUUAUGAACUCAGUUCUCUUUAACAUACCACAUUACGAAAGAAUCAGUUUCCCUCCUUCCACACUAUUAUAUCUAUUGUCGCUUUAAAUGCAGUUAUGACUUGAAUUCAUUUAAAUAAUUACAUAAGGCGAUGCCCAUUAGGUCUGCAGUGCAGCUGCUUUUUGGUAAUAUUUAGAGAUCAAAUUUGUCAAGUGAAUAUAACCAUACAGUAUAAGUCAGUGCUAAAUACUCGGAAUAUGUUAUUUCCAGAUAAACUUUACUCUAUAGUUGAUAAUUAAAGCUCAUUAUCGACCUUGGAAACAACAAACAAAAAAAACACAGUUGACCAGAAGUCCUUAAAAAUGCUGAGAAAAUGUAAAUACAAACAUGCUGAGAGAGAACAUGUGAUACGAUCAAAAGGAAGAAAGAAUUGUAUUGAACUACUUUACAGUGUUUUUUUUUAGUCUUUACAUAAAUAGGGUGCCUUCUGGAUCGGUUGAUUUGGUUUCUAAUGUAGCAUUUUUCACUUUUUAUCAUCUUUUCAUCAUCCGCCAUCUCCGGAUUCAUGUUAGUCCAUCCAGACUAAUAUGUGUCAAACCUCCUGUUCAAAUCCUGUGCCUGACUCUUUAUCAAAUGUCCUGAUCUAUCAAUCCUAUGAUGACACAUACUAUUAUAUUAAAGGGUUAGUUGGUUUUCUUGGUGAGAAUUAGAUGAGAAGAUCAAUAUAACUUGCGUGUCUGUUUAAUAUGAAGAUACAGCCAGCAGCUGGUUACACACUAGAAACAGCUUAGUCAAAAGGUAACAAAAUCCACACUCCAAUACCUCACUUUAGAUCUUGUUAUCCUUAGCGAGCUGUUUCCAGUCUUUGUGAUAAGCAAAGCUUGAUGGGUACUAGUUGUAGCCUUAUAUUUAGCACAGAAAUAUGAAAGUAGUAGCAAUCUUCUCAUCUAAAUCUAUAAAAUAAGGCAAAAUGUUCCUUAUACAUCUUCCACAAGUGUUUCUCAUUUUACCACAUUAACAUGAUUUUCUAGAGUAAAAACAAACAAAGUCAUUAAAUGACAAUGAAUUGUUUGUUUUUGGAGAAAAAGGUUGUAGUGAUUCAACUAUUUAUUCCUUUAUGUUCCUUAUGUUAAUGUUAUUUUUCUUUAAACCAUUGCCAGGGACCUGCGCAAUAAAUGCUGGUAUAGAAAACAAAGGUACAAUGAAGUUUGAAUUAUGAAGUCUGUAAAUCUGAUACCCGCACUGCUGCGCUGCUCUACCAUGCUGAUUCAAUUUAAUGCGGUACUGUAUGGCCUUAACCACUGACUGAACAUGACAUGUUGUUCAGAUGUAUUGAAGGUGACCUAGAUUUACAUUCACUGCAUCAGAUAUUGUUAAAAUCUGAUUAUUUUUCACAAAGGCCACAUUUUCUCUGCAUGAUGAAUCUGGUCCACAGAUGUCUAUCAAUAACACAAAACCUGUUUAACAUGCAUGACCCAUAUCUACUCAGAAACUGAAUUAGGCCUGUAGUUAUUAGUUUUUGAAUUUCCAGCUACAUGACAUCCCUAUUAAAGUUUCUUCUUCAUACAGGAUGAUAGUGCUUAGCAUUAAACUAUUCCCCAAUCAAUAAAUGCCAAGGGCGCAUACAGGUAUGUAAUGAGAUAUUACAUACAUUUUAUAAACUGUCAAAAUAAAUAUUUAUAUUUUAUGAAAAUUGGGGUAAUUCUGGGUUAACAUGUUGUGACUCAUGCUUUACUCACUGUAACACAUUAAAAACAAACUGAGAUUGUAAACCUA